AUGCGACAAGGCAAGAUGAAGCCGCACACAUAUGUACACAAAUGUCUGCUUGUAUUUGUCUCGCAGUGGAUAGCUGGAGCAUCAGCAGGAAGCACCACUGUGUCCCGUCAGAGCAGUAAGGAACCUGUGGGCCAGAAAGGCAAUGAUGAUGGUGGGCAGAAGAAUCAGCACCACUGGGGUACCAGAGGUCAUAAAGAAGAGAACCACCUCUCUACCUGGGGCCACCACCCUGCCUUGGUCUACAGUGACAUGGGUCUCUCCAAGCUUAACGACUACGAACUGGAUGGAGGAAUUUGUGACAAAUACAUCUAUACCAGAAGCACCUACAGCAACCAGCAUAUCAACAAGAACACUGAGAACCGCAACAAGAGCAUCUACUCAGGAUCCAAGCAUGACAACCUCAGUGACAACCCAACCUUCAGAUAUAACAUAUGUCAUACCUACAUCAUUAACAACGGAGGAACCGCCCAGAAAAACCAAGGAGCAGCAACCAUGGAAACAUACAAUAGGAACCACAAAAAGGGCGUCUACUGUAGAUACAAGUGCGAGGUCCUCCAUGGCAUCUCUAACACCAGAAAUGGAAAACGAAACCCACAAGACUGCCGUGAGCAGUCGCUCCACUACGCCUUCACCGAAAACAACGGUGUGGGAACCUUUAGGGAAUUCAGGCCCGCCACCUCGAAGAACAUUCGCAGCAACAACAGCCAAGCGGACUUUAACGCUCACCACAACCAUACCGCGCAGCUCCAUAGAGGCGGCGACUGUCGCCACGGCCAGACCAGACCAGGCUUCCAAGAAUUUCCUUUGGACUGGUAAUGGUACAUUUGUCCAGCAGUCAAACUGAUACUAUGAUGUGGUGGAAAUUGGUAUUUCCACAGUCAACGCAGAAGCGCAGCGGAGUUUCUCUGCAGUGUCAGGCAUUAACCACAGGAAGGCGCACUCAGCCAGCACACAUCCUCUCCACUUCACUCCGGCACAUUCUCUUUACACGUGGUCCUGAGAAAGACACUGAAGUUUCUCUCUCUCAUUACUCAGGAGCCCAGGGCAAAGGUAUUCAUCUGAACUGUUGAAUCAGGUUAUAGAGACAUGCCUAACUUUGGCCAUGUCGUGUGCUCGUGUGUGUGUGUUUGUGUGUGUGUGUGUGUUUUUGAGUGUGUAAGGUAGUGAGUGUAUCUGUGCAUACGAAUUUCUGUCUAUUUGUUUUGCCCAUCAUGAAUAUUCUGUCAUGUUGCUUCUAUUAAAAUGAAA